AUGGUGCGCAGGCCAGCAGCCCGCGCACUGGCGUCCGCGCUCAGCAGAUGCUCGCUGGCACUGUUAUUUAGAGUUCCUGGUCGCGGUGGAUGGGCUGCGCGUUCGCUCCUGGCGUGA